AUGCGAGAGCAUAAGUUGUUCGCGAACCUCAAGAAGUGUAUAUUCGCAGUGAACGAAAUACCACUUCUUGGCUGCAUCGUGGGUAAAAACGGUGUACGCCCUGAUCCGGAAAAGACUAAGGCGAUUAGCGACUGGCCUGUGCCAGUCGACGUCAAGGGACUUCGAAAGUUCCUUCGCUUGGCAGCGUAUUUUCACAAGUACUCGCGCAACUACGCCGAGAUGACCGUACAUCUCUCUCGUCUACUAAAGAAAAACGAGAGGUGGUCAUGGAGUGCUGAGUAA